AUGGGGGAAGGGAACGUGGUGCUGGCUGCUUCCACCACUGCCAGCAGUCAUGAAUUGGCAACGACAACGACGACAACAGCAGCAGCAGGAGUAGUCUCAGCAUCUACUACCUCAUCCGAGACACAGCGGCCUCAAGGAGGUGCAGGGACCGCGGCCAGCGACAAUCGAGAUGUCUUUCCCUCCUACCUCAAGGGCAAGCGAGUCCUCCUCGCAACCGAAUCCCUGGGCCCCGUCAAUGGCGUCAGUCGAACUACCCUCAUGUUGAUCGAGUACCUACGCAAGAACGGUGUGCAGCUAGCCAUUGUUGCUCCUCACUCGAGACAGUCGCGGCUCAAACUGACCGCGGGUGCAAACCUGACGGAGUUUCGACUGCCGGGCUAUGAGUUGCCCUAUAAUCCUGACUUGACCGUUGUAUACCCCUUCCAACUCGACGAUGUCUACAGCCACACCUUCAAGCCGGACAUUGUAUAUCUGGCCAGUCCUGCCUCUACCGGCUUUCAAAUGCUCUUCCAAAUCCGCCAAUUACAAGACCCACCGGUCGUCCUGCUCAACUUCCAGACCGAUUUGUCCGCCUAUAGCGAAAUCCUUUUCCCUGGCCCGGUUGCCCGUUUUUCAGUGUGGCUGCUAGGCGUGGUCCAAGGGUUUCUGUUCAAUCACCGUACUGUUCAUACCAUCUUCUACCCUUCCUCGGGAGUACGCCGUUACCUUGAGAAAGCAGGCGCGCCGAGCAACAAGAUGGUACGACUGGGCCGAGGCGUCGACACCACUUUAUUCAAUCCUUCUCGGCGUGACGAAGCUUACCGUAAGGAACUAGCACCUAAUGGAGAAGUUAUUCUGGUCUGUGUCUGUCGGUUGGCUCCCGAAAAGGGCUUCGAAUUCCUGGCCCAGAUCGCCAUGCGCCUCGCCCAGGAAGGCUUCCCGUUCAAGUUACUCAUUGUUGGUGGCAACAUGAGCGCUGAAGUUGAGGAUCAGAUACAUCAUCUCUUCGACUCCGUGGCAGAGCACGUUAUGUUCACUGGCUUUCGCACCGGUGUCGACCUCGCUCGUGCAUAUGCCACAGGAGAUAUCUUCUUACACUGCUCGAUCACGGAGACAUUCGGACUGGUUGUUCUGGAAGCAAUGGCAAGUGGUCUCCCGGUAAUCGCUCGUGAUGAAGGAGGACCUUCAGACAUCGUCCAAGACCAGGGAACCGGUUAUCUCGUUCCUCCCCAUGACCUGGAGCAAUAUAUUUCUCUCGUCAAGCGUCUCUCUGCGGAUAAGAAUCUUCGUACGAAUAUGGCAGUUGCAGCACGAAGAUAUACUUGCGAUGUCACCUGGGAGAAGAUUAAUAGGCGGGUCGCCUGGCACAUGACCGAUGGUUUACAACAGCACCUUCGGCGAAAACACAGAAGACCGAUCAGGAACUUCAUUGUUGCCAGGUACCACGAAUUUCGAGACGGUGUCGUCGUCCCUGUCGUGGUCAGAGUACGCCUAUACAUGGCAGCAAUCAUCGUCUAUCUCAUUUGGAUGAUGACGGCCAUUGUGCUCCUGCUCUACGGCCACAGAGUGUUUUCCCGAGCGGCGCAACUCUUGCGGAAUCCACCCCUCGUCCUGCAACGCAUUCAGUACCGUGCCUUGAAGCAGGGCAUCCAGGAGACUCUCAAGAGCUUGAGCACCGAAUGA